AGCGCCGUUGUCUGUAUGUGAUUUCUGUCAUAGUGAUGUGUAUGUUGGAGCAGUUAUGAUCGUGUUUCUGGAUUCUUUGUGAUAGACAUCACCAUGAAUAGCAGUAUUGCCCAGUGGAGUUUGUCAAAAACGGUUAGCAGAAUCGGAAGUAUUGUUAAGAAGAAAGAAGUGUCAGCGAAUGGCUCCGUUCCCAGUGUCAAAUCAUCUGCUAGUGUUAGUACCACAAGUGCAAGCGUAGCAGCAACUAUUCCACCCUCUGGUGUCAAUGGAAAUCAUAGUGACACAUCGUACAAGGAACACUCCAGUGGUAACAGAAUAGAACACACUAAAGACUCUACUGAUAUCUCCGAUGCCAAACCUGCUCACAUGAAUAGUAAUACUAAUGUUCCAGAUAAGGCUAACAAAGACUGUGAGCGACCUCAAGUCAGACGUGAUUCCCAUAAAGACUCUGCUAAAGCGGCGAAUGGUGACACGGGUUACGUGGAUGACUCGGAUAGUGACAGUGACUUGGAACACGCGGAGAAAGACAAACAUGAAAGUUCGAGAGGAGCAAAAUCGAAAUCACACUUGAAAGGAUUAAACGUAUGCUUUUACAAAUUAAAAUGUAUGGCAUUGGACCAAAACAAAAUGAAUCAUUCCAAAGUACAUGUCGACGAAAGCGAACCGACCGGAUACGAAGAGGCGCCAUUUGAUCCACGUGACGUGAAAAUACGCAACGGUUGCUGGAUUACCGACGAAUAUGACGUCUCCGACAUCCUUUUAGGCAGGGGUAAGUUUGGUGAGGUAAAGCAGUGUAAGGAAAAGAAGACUGGGCGAGACUUGGCGGCCAAGUUCAUCGAGGUGAACGGGCCAACGGACAGGUUUGACGUUCAGAAUGAGAUCGAGAUGAUGAAGUGUCUCCAGCACCCUCGUCUCCUCCAGCUGUACGACGUGUUCACCAAGAGGAACCACUUCUGUCUCGUCCUUGAACUGAUCUCAGGUGGCGAACUGUUUGAGCGAGUGAUCAAUGACGACUUCAUCCUGACGGAGAAGGCGUGUGUGAUGUUUAUGAGACAGAUCUGUGAAGGCAUCGAGUUCAUGCACAACAACAGAAUUCUCCACCUCGACCUGAAGCCAGAGAACAUUCUGUGUCUUACAAGGUCGGGCAAUCGCAUCAAGAUAAUCGACUUCGGGCUGGCACGGCGUUAUAACCCAAAGGAAGACCUACGGAUACUGUUUGGGACGCCAGAGUUCAUGGCCCCCGAGCAGGCGAACUUUGAACCAAUCUUUCCCUCUACUGACAUGUGGAGCAUCGGCAUCAUCUGCUAUAUCCUACUGUCUGGGUUGUCCCCCUUUCUGGGAGAGAGCGAGGAGGAGACGAUUGCCAAUAUCACUGAAGCUAAGUGGGACUUCAAGGCUGAGGAAUUUGAGAGCGUCUCUGCCGAGGCCAAAGAUUUCAUUUCUAGACUCGUCCUUAAAACCCCAAGUGACAGAAUGACCACAACUGAGUGUCUGGAACACAAGUGGUUGAGGCGGUCUGCAAAGCGGGAACGCAUUCCAGCUCGAUCGUUGUCAACGAAACGCUUGAAGAAGUUUGUUUAUCGCCGGAAGUGGCAGAAAGCAGUAAACGCAAUGUUGGCGCUGAAACGAAUGGGUGUCAAAUUGCAGUGAUGUGUCAAGGCAGAACGUUGUCAAUCGUCUGGAUGUGCUGGCACCAUUUACAAAGGCUCAGACGUUGUUUGAUCGUGGAAAUAUAACUUUCAGUGUUGACACAGCGUGACUUACAUCUUGUGUCUACGUUUCUGAGUGAGGCCGGGAAACACUAACUAUUAAAAAAAAUGCCUCAAAAUAUAUAUUUUCUACAGUCGAACCCCGUUGGUUCGAGCUCCGAUGGACCGGUGAAAAUACAUCGAACCUCGGGAAAUUCGAGCCAAGCGUGAUGCUUACAUUUAGAUAAAAAAAAUCGGUUCUUUACAUGCAAUUCGAGCCAACGAGGAAAUCGAGCCAAGCGAGAUCGAGCCAACGGGGUUCGACUGUGACUUCAUUUGACGAAUCACUUGUGCCUGAUUGCAGACCAGAUUCUAUGUAACAUAUUCUAUGUAUACACAACUUUUUACCAUUUUGUUCCUAUAACAGCAUUUAAGAAGUAAUUCUUUGACUUUCUGGGUCUGAGUCCUGAAUUAUACAGCUUAAAUCCUAUCGUUCAUUUUUUUAAUUUUCCUUAAACUUGAAAUAUUGAGGAUCAAACAAAUGUUAUUUUUAUUCCCUAAUCGGGUAAUUUUAUCCACUGGUAUUCAGACUCGCUGUUGACAAAAUGGCGAGAGAGCCAGUUGAAAAUUGGUCAGGAGAGAGAGAGAGAAAUUGUGAAUGUAUAUAUUAUAUAUAAAUAUAUUUUGUUGAUUUUGCCAACUGUGUAAAAGUAGAGGAUCAAUCCCACUAUGGAAAUAUUACUUGCCCUCAUUCGGAACUCCUCGGCAAUUUUUAUCGAAAACAACCUCGGAUGUAUGCCGGUACAUAUGUAGAAGUAGUUCGUAAAAAAUGAAUUAUAUUAUUAAUGAAAUGAAGUGUUUUAGGUGUCAAUUUAUUGAUCUAAUUUUAAAUUGAUUGCCAGUGAAGUGUAUUAUUGCAAACAUAAUUAAGAUUCCCAAGAGUUAAGUCAAUAAGUUUAACUGCUAAAUUAAAUUUCUACGCGAUCUACUUGCAGCGGACUAAAACAUACCGAUUUCUGAGUGUGUAAACCGUCCAUGUACAUCCGAGGUUGUUUUCGAUAAAAAUGGCCGAGGAAUUCCGAAUGGCUUGCCCUACCGCCAGUUGUUUUACCAGUAUUGAAGUUAACCUUAUGAUAUAUUGUGAUAUUCACAUUAACAUUUCCAUUUCGAUUUUUCAUUUUAUAAAUGAAUAAAACUGCCAUUAACACUAGCUCUCAAGAAUAUUUUAAAUACAUCUGGGUUUUCUUUGGACCAGUAACAUUAUCGACAUUUCUUAAAAUGGCUUCUUUUAAAGCUGUACUCUCACAGAUUGAACGUUUAAAAAUUACAACAUUUUUAUAUUUUGUCUUGGAAUGAAUCGAUUUGUCUGGAUACCAGUGAUACAAGACUGUUGACAAAAGAUCAGAUCGCAGUUUCUCAUAUUUACGUUCGAAAAUUGAUAUUUUAUGGCUUAAAGCAUUACUAACGCUUUCAGUGAAAUGAGUUCCGGCAGUUUCCCAAACAAUUGAGAUCUGUUCUAUUGUGAGUUAUAUGACUGAAUUGAAGGCAAAUCAAAACUUUCAAUCUGUGAGAGUGCAGAUUUAUGUGGCUGAUAGGUGGUAUUAUUCAAAUAUUUCAAUAUCCCAAAAUACAACCAUGAUAAGCCUAUACGUUUCCAGUCAGAGGACCAUCACUUACCUUAUAUGUAAUGAAAUUGCCAAAGGUCAUCUUAAUUUUAGAAAUGGUUUUCCUUUUUUUAAAUGGCAUUAUUCAACACACAUUUUUUUCUUUCAAAUGUGUUUCAGUAUUUAUUUAUUUAACAUCACAAUACAUUUCAUUUUGUAAUUAAUUCUAUAAUUUUUUGUUAAAUAAUUUCUUUAUUAACUUUUUUUCGAAUGCUGUGACGUUUAUUUAUGAAAAUAAAUAUACAUUGACUUCAUA